AGGAUACCUACUUAUGCAUUCUCACUGGCUCGUCAUUCUCCCUGGCGUAUGGAGCCACGGAGAUUGCAGGACAUCUCGAAGAUUGGGCUGCACAGCUCUUGCAAUACCGGGUCCUGUCCCGCCAGCGUUCUAUUGUCUGAAGCGCGCUGGUCAUGCCGUUGCUCUGCACAGCGCUAGCCUAUUGUCUUCGCGAAGCUGAUGUACAGGUCUAUGCACACUGCACUACUAUAAAUGACGAGAGCUCAGUCAAAUCUCAACCUUACUGCCCCUCUCUCGUACGUGGAAAAUCGAUAGCUCAUCGCUCAGGCCCUUCGAUGUCAGACCAUCCGUUCAGUACUCAGCGCCCCCAUGCCUACUAUGAGCCUGGCGAGCACUUCUAUAUUCACAAUAGCGGUGAGAACGUAUGCCAAAGAUCAUCAGCAGACUAUGAGGACCAAACGCCCUUGCACCCAUACGUUCAUGGCCAUGCUCUAGCACCGGACCCUCACUUUUAUCGUGAUCCGCGACCGGACAGACGGUCGUCACAAGCGACUUUCCCCGAUAGCCCUCUUCACCAUCCCUCUCCGGCGCUUUCAAAUCAGUCCGAGUACAACAGGAUCUCGCCCUCCUCGUAUCAUAUGCAGCCAUCAUCAUAUGCAUCCUCUAGAUCGACUUCUGUUGCUGCAUCGUCGCACAGGAGCUCUGCGGAAUAUGUGGUAGCCCAAAGGUGGAAAGAACCCGCUGUCCCGAUGACCAGAUACGCGCCUUACUCCCGGAAUUCCAGCGGGUCUCGCAAGCAGACGCGGACAGGUGUUCGAGUGGCGUACAUUCCUACCAUCAACCGCUUGCCCGUCGAGGUGCUGUCCCGCAUAUUCAUGCACGCCAUGGGCCAGGGCUCGGACAAGCCCUACGCUGGCGGGUACUUCUCAGCCCAAAUGACCUCCCUGGUGAUAGCGAGCGUGUGCAGGCUCUGGCGGUCCCUCGCUGUAGAUCUGCCUUUCUUGUGGCAGCGCUUUUGCAUGCGCCUCUGCCAAGAUGGGGCUCAUUAUAAAAUUGCGCGGCUGUUCUUGGAACGCACCAAGGGCCUCGGAAUCUACGUGCAGUACUCUGAGGACUCGCGCUAUGCCUGCCCCGAACGCGAAGGCUGUCCUUGCGCGCUUGGGUUCAUCCUGCAGAACAUUGGGCAAGUCAAGGGACUCGAUCUCAAUCACGUUGAACCGUCGACUCUGGAGCCGCUGGCGCGCAUGCUGGCCGGUGCAGCGCCGUCCUUGAUUGAGUUCAGCGUUCACAACCUAGAGAACCCAUCUCGGGAAGUGUUUCGCUCUCUAUCGUCCCUAUGCCAGACUCCGACGAUACGCAAGAUCCAUUGGGCGCUUCCCGCCUUCCCGGACAAAGUUCAUUGGUCGUCCGUCACCACUCUGUCGCUAUUUGACUGCCCGGUGGACCCGCACGCCUUCCUGCAUACUCUCGCGAGCGCGCCGGCAUUGCGAUCACUCGAAAUAGAGAUGAUCUCAAUCGAGUCCAAGAUUGCAAUGGCGGUCACACCCUACGGUAGAGAUGUCCUCCAUCUCGCUCUGGAAGAUCUCUGCCUGUUCGGCGACGGUCCUCAAGACGCGCUGAUGUGGGCUCUUCAUCUCCCUCAUCUCCGUCAUCUGUAUCUCGAUACCAGGACAGACCAUUUGGAGGACGACCUCAUGGACUGGCCUUGUCAAGACAUGGAGGUAUUCUAUGCGUUCCUCAGCCGCCUUACAGGCCUGAGAGAGUUCUCGAUAUAUGACGGCGGCGACAGGUUCGACGGCGAGGCCCUUCUCGAGGUCAUCGCCCUGCCUUCAUUGCAGCGUCUCGAGUAUCUGGACAUCUCGGACAUAGCUGACCACGUUCCUGUGGCUGUUAUCGAGAAGCUCGAGCCUGGCGAUGGUAAUCGCACGCCUGUGCUCCUCCCGCAUCUCAAGACACUCAUACUCAAUGAUUGCGAACCCACUAAUGGGUUGAUCGCGCGCAUGUUAUUGGCACGACAUACUUAUCGAUAUCCUCUGCGACACUCCAACUUCCAUUGCACGAGGGGACAGUUUGUUCCGGGACCCUACGGAAGGUGGUGCUACGAGAACCCGUGGCUUGACACGGACCUUGCUGUGUUCGAGUUGCUCAAGCAGGCGGGGUGGUCGAUUGGAUGUAAUGUGGAAGAUCGAAGGAGGGAGACUAUCGACUUUGCACAUGCUCAGAUUUCACGCAUGCAAUCGUAGACGUAGAAUACGAGGAAUAGUCAGAAAAGAAACCCUGGCUUCCUCCCCCUGGAAUAGCUAAGCAUUUAAAUUCAACCACGAACCGCCGGCGGGUGC